AUUAGCGAGUCGUCAAGGUCAGGGCGUGGUGGGCUGGGCUGCAUGAGCCUGAGGGGUUUGCAGCCGGGAGAGAACACUGAGGUAGGGGGACGGGAUCACGGAGGAGGGAGCAGGGGUCACCAGAGGCGUGGAAGGGGGCAGGCAGUAGUCGUACUGGGAGGGGGUGGGAGCUGCGUGGCACCCGAGCGGGGAAGCCAUGCGGCACCUCUGGGGGAUGGGUAGAAUCUAGGCAGCAGAGGGGUGAGGGGAUGGGAGGAGCACCAGGCAGCAGCGCAGCAACGGCGGGGGUGGGGGGCCGGCGUGGUGGGCGGGACCAUCCUGCGCGCCAAGGGUGCAGGGCAGCGAAACGCCGCAGAGGCCUGAGGCACAGGGCCGCAGCGUAUCGGCGGCAGCUGAGGGUAUCAGAUUGCCUACUGCCUGGCCAACAGCAACUCCAGCACGUUCACCACAGUGGAGAUGGGAGCUAUGGUGAGGCAAUUCAUGGCCACCGAGCUGGACCCAGAGUCAGCGUACAUCUUCAGGCUGAUGAUCAAGAUGAGGCAGGGCUGGGGGAGCCCCUAGAGGCCACCAUCAUCACCACUGAGAAGCGAGGCAGAGUCCCAGGCUGGCAGGAGAAGUGGGUGUGGUUGCUGGGACAGCCCUCCAAAAUGGGUGGCGCUUCGAGGCUCAGGGGACGUGGCCUGCUGGGCAGCAUCCAGAGCGUCUGGCCUCUGUCUCUUCAGUGCAGAUGGAAGUGCAGCACGUCCAGGAUUGUGACCGCUGUCGUCUCGCUGGUGCACGUGCAUCACAGUGAACCUAAAUUGAUGAUAAAUCCAGAAGGAACAAUUGUUUACAUUCACUCAGUGAAGAGUAUCAUGUCUAAGCUCAACAUCUAUCGGAGCCACACAUGGACAUCUCUCCCUCCUCGACUCAGAGCAGAAAAGGAACACAUCCCAGGCAGAGUCCCAGGCUGGCAGGAGAAGUGGGCGUGGUCACUGGGACAGCCCUCCGAAAUGGGUCAGGUGGAAGUGCAGCACGUCCAGGAGUGUGACCGCUGUCAUCUCCCUGGUGCACGUGCAUCGCAGUGAACCUAAAUUGAUGAUAAAUCCAGAAGGAACAAUUGUUUACAUUCACUCAGUGAAGAGUAUCAUGUCUAAGCUCAACAUCUAUCGGAGCCACACAUGGACAUCUCUCCCUCCUCGACUCAGAGCAGAAAAGGAACACAUCCCAGACACAGCAUUGUACUAGAAGUGUAUGGAUGCUUUUCAGGGGACCGAACAAUGAGGCCUGAGUGGACAGCUCUCUCAUGGUCCUGCUUGAUCCAGGAAUAGGACUUUGAAGAUCUGGUGGAAUGGAGGGACCACGUGUCCUCCAGAUGACUCUCCCUAAGUGUUUGUGUCCGCUUGUUCACAUCUCUAGCUUGAAUAGCCGCCUGUUCCGGCUUUGGUUUCUGCAUUUCUCAUUCAUAUUUCAACUUCAUGAAUGCAUUUUUGCUUCUUCGACAUUCAGCUGAGUCAGCUCUGGAAAAAGCUACCAAAUUGUAGUCAAAUCCAGUUUUUGGCUUUAGUCUUACUUGACCAUCCUGCAGCAUAACCCUCAGUCUCUGUUGUUUCUGAAACCUGCCUGCUAGCUUUCCUUUCUUAACUCUGAUACA